AUGGAGCAUAUCGUUUUAAGGACCGAUUCUAUCGCGAGCGAAGAGAAGGCCGGAGGGAGCGGUAGCUCAGGGCCGGGAGUACAUUUCAGCGUCCUCAGUGCCCUGGGAGUCCAAUUCUCAGUGACGGGCGCUCCGCUGACCUUGGGGACUUACCUGUCAUUAACAAUCGGGGUAGGAGGCUCUCCGGCAUACUUCUGGGGAUUUAUUAUGGUCGGAUUCUUCCAACUUGCGGUUGGACUAGCCGUGUCAGAACUGGCGUCGGCCAUCCCUCACACCUCCGGUUGGCCCACUCCGCUGCAUACAGCCCUGAAGACACCACAGCUAAUGGAACGUGCUGCUCUAGGUCCGGCCCAUUGGGUUGUUGCCCUUGCUCCUCCUCAGUAUCGCCGCGGAGUGGGAUACACCAUGGGCUGGCUCUUAAAUUGCGCCUGGUUUUGCAUAACCUCCGCCUCGUGCCUCUACCCGGCCCAACUGACCCUCGCCCUUGUCCAAGCUAAUCACCCCGACUUCAAUUCGGCCUCAUAUCAUGUCUACCUGCUGUAUAUUUUCUUUGCUCUGGUGUUCCUCAUAUUAAAUCUGCCGAUUGCUCUGAAAUCCCUGGCCUACAUACUCAGCGCGGCCGUGUUUCUGUUCAACGGAUCGGCCAUCUACAUCCUCAUCAUCCUGCUGGCUCGGGCGACGCCCAAACAAUCCGCAAAUGUGGUCUUCGUUGAGUUCGUAAAUGAAACGGGGUGGAGCUCAGACGGUUGGGUCUUUUUUAUCGGUCUCUUGCCAGCUGUCGCUAUCCUGGGGGUCUUUGAUUCGGCCACCCAUCUCACAAAUGAGCUGGAAAACCCCUCGAAACAGGUCCCCGUCGUACUCCUCGGCUCGCUGGGACUCAGCAUCACUGUGGGAGUCCCCAUGAUUUUGGUGUACCAAUUUUGCAAUACGGACCCCGCCAGCAUGCUUGAACCGGUGGGUGGCCAGCCUCUUGUGCAACUCCUCCUCAACGCUACAUCUUCGCUCGCCCUCACCAACGUGGGCAUUUCCCUUGUUAUCCUCUGCUUCUGUCUCGCUGGUACUUCCGCACUGGUCAGCUGGUCGAGGCUGUACUGGUCUUUCUCUCGAGAAGGCGCUUUACCCUUCUCCGGGAGGAUGAGUAAGUUGACUUCCCAAGACGGCGUCCCAUUGAACGCUUUACUGUGGAAUACACUGCUGUGCCUUGCCCUCGGAACAGUCAGCAUUGGCUCUACCACCGCCAUGAAUGCACUGUUUGGUGCGUCGGGGCUUUGCAGCUCGAUGUCGCUGAUCGGAGCGAUGGGGCUGGCCUUGUGGAACGGUCGUGACUGUCUUGACAAUAAUCGAUGGUUGAAUCUGGGUCGAUGGGGCAAUGCUAUAUUUUGGGUGGCGCUGGUAUGGACCGUGUUUAUGUGUGUCGCUAUCUCGAUGCCACUGUAUCGGCCUGUCACACCGUCGACGAUGAACUGGGCAUCGGUGGUUUUCCUGGGCUUCGUGUUUGUGUCUGGGGUUUAUUGGGUGUGUGUCUUUUCGAGGGCGAAGCGUCCGCAGCAUACUGAGGUGGUUCCUAUUGAUGCUACCGACAAAGCUUAA